AUGUUGUGUUCGCGGGCGGAGGACGGAAGUUUGGUUUCUAAUGACACCAAGCGGGAGAUUGUCGCUGGCAACCCAGAACCUGGAGACAGGAUCAAGAUUGGUCGCAAAUACUUUGAGCACUGGGCCGUCUAUGUGGGAGAUGGUCACGUGAUUCACGUAGAUCCUCAAAAUAAAUUUCCUGCAGCUGGUGAGUCCUUAGUCAAGUCAGCGAUGGCAGAAAAAGCCCUAGUGAAGAAGGAACUGCUGUCUGACGUGGUCGGCACGGACGACUACCAAGUCAAUAACAAACACGAUGCUGAGUACCGACCGCUGCCUUCCAGCAAGAUCGUUGAGCAAGCGGAGAAGCUGGUCGGACAAGAGGUUCCCUAUUCCCUGAACAGCGAGAACUGCGAGUACUUUGUGAACAAGCUGCGCUAUGGAGUUGGCUUCAGUGAGCAGGUGCCAGUGGGAAGGCGAGGGCUCUUUCUGUGUGUGGCUGCGCCUUUCUGCCGCAAGUCCCCUAUGAAAGGGGUCACGUACUAG